AUGGGCUCAAUCUCUGGUGGAAAGCAGAAUCUCAUCAUUGUGUCCAACCGGCUACCAUUGUCGGUGAAACGGGUUGAUGGCUCUUUCCAGUCCUCUCUUUCAAGUGGUGGUCUCGUCACCUCUCUCGCUGGACUGACCAAAUCGACUCAGUUUCAAUGGUUUGGUUGGCCCGGGCUGGAAGUCAGGGAUCUCGGUGAUAGAGAGGAAGUAUCCAAAAGUCUGGAGGCCCAUAAUGCGAUCCCCAUAUUUCUUGAUAGUACUCUGGCACAUGAGCACUACAAUGGAUUCUCAAACCGAAUUCUUUGGCCAAUCUUGCACUACCAGUCGGGAGUAACGUUCGACGAUACUCCAUGGCAAGCGUAUAAACGAGUCAACGAACUCUUUGCCGAUGCAAUUGUGGAGUCCGCCGAGAGCGGGACCUUAAUAUGGGUCCACGAUUAUCACCUCACGUUAUUGCCCGAGCUUCUUCGCCAUAGGCUUAAGCAGCAAGGGAAGGCUUGCGCCAUUGGGUUUUCCCUGCAUACCCCAUUCCCAGCGGGCGACUUUUGGAGGAAUCUGCCGGUCCGCAAACAUCUUAUCGAAGGUUUGUUAUCGAGCGAUCUGAUCGGGUUCCACACGGACGAGUAUAAACAAAACUUUAUCGACACCUGUGCCAGCCUUCUCGAUGCACGUACCGAGAUUCCAAAUCAGAUCCAGUACAAGAACCGUCUCGUCUGCACCAAUAAAUUCAUCGUGGGCAUCGACCCACAGAAAUUCACGGACACGUUGCAGACGCCCAAAGUCCAAGAUCGCAUCCGAACCCUCAAAGAACGUUAUAAAGGCGUCAAGGUCAUAGUAGGAGUCGACAGACUCGACCAUAUCAAAGGUCUCACGCAAAAGUUGAGUGGUUUCGAUACCUUCUUGGACGAUCAUCCUGAGCUGCAGAACAAGGUUGUUCUUAUUCAAGUUGCCGUUCCCAGCCGCGAAGAUGUCAAGGAAUAUCAAGACCUUGAGCGAGAUCUCUGCACCAUGGCUGGAAAGAUCAAUGGCAAGCAUGCCACUCCCGAGGGUACACCACUGUUGUAUAUGCAUAGGUCCGUCCCGUUUGCCGAACUGACAGCACUGUAUUCCGUGGCCGAUGUUUGCCUCCUCACGUCCACUCGAGAUGGUAUGAACCUCGUCGCAUUCGAGUACGUAGCCUGCCAAGAAGAGCGUCAUGGCGUUCUGGUGCUCUCUGAAUUCGCUGGUGCAUCGUCAUUCAUGUCCGAAGGGAGUAUUUCAUUCCACCCAGCUAACACGACUGAAAUGUCCGAGGCAAUCUUCAAAGCCAUCACUCUGGAUCCGUCCGAGCGUAAAUCGAAGUAUGAGUAUCUUCGAAACUUCGUCAACGAAAACACAAGGUAG